ACGCCUAAAUCUGUACUCUGUCGGUUUGAAAGGGUCAAUCCGUGCCAUGCAUUCUAUCUGUUCCCUGGCAGCAUCCUGUCCUUGUUCAGUAUAGUAUGACUUGCUGCAGCCUAGCUUUUAUUUCCAGGCGGCAGUAGAAUAAUUUCAUUAUUUGCUCUACUUUUAAGCAAAAAGAUUUUGUCCUCCUCAACCUCCUGGAACCAGUAAUUUCACCUUGUCCUCCUCAACUUCCUGGUGCCAAUAAUUUCAUCUAGACCCAUAGCCCCAUACCCAAAGCAGCUGUGCUAAUCUUCCUGGACAUUGUGAAGGGGAAUAUUGAGUGACCCUGAAAACUAAUGACCUUUGACUUCAUGAAAAAUUCUGAAGGUUGUGAACUAUGGUGUUGUGAGCUCUGUUUCCCUGUAUGUCCUAAGAUCUUGAGGGUCAUUGAGGGAAAGAGGCAGUUGGCUGUGUGAAGGGCUGCUGGCUUUCUUCUCGGGCCACUGAGAAAAUGUUAAGAGUAUUUGUGAGAAAUGUGCAACUUGCCCAUUGCCCUCGCCAUUUCUGGAGCUCACCAUGCAGCCAGCCUUCCUUCAGGUGGCUCAGGCAGUCCCUGUCUUCCACUUCCACCACCAGCACUGGCUCCAUCCUGCCAGUGUUUCAUCGUGCAGAGCAGCACAGUGAUAAUAUUGCCCUCAGUGACCAGCAUGGCGAACACACUUACGGACACAUCUUCAGAUUAAGCGGACACCUGGCAGGCCUUAUCCAGAACAUUCUUGGGGAGGACGCAGUGCAGCAGCGCAUUGCCUUCCUCUGUCCAAAUGAUGUGUCUUAUGUCAUCGCCCAGUGGGCCACCUGGAUGGCAGGCCACAUCGCUGUGCCACUCUACCCGAAACACCCAACACCAGAGCUAGAGUACUUUGUGAGGGAUAGUGAGGCAGCAGCCAUCAUCACCACCUCUGAGCAUGCCCCCAAGGUGAAGCCAAUCCUCUCUGGUCAGCAGGUCAUUGUGUUGGAGGAUUUCUUCUUCAAGCCAUCAAAUCAAGAGGACUCCCCAAGGCCAGGAUAUAAUGGCCAAGACCCAAACUUCUAUGAUCUCAGUGAUGCCAUGAUUAUUUACACGAGUGGCACAACUGGUCCCCCAAAGGGUGUGUUACUAAGCCACAGCAACCUACAGUCACAGGUGAGCUGCCUUCACCAAGCCUGGGGGUGGUCACAGCGUGAUACACUGCUGCACUGCCUGCCUCUCCAUCACACCCAUGGGAUUGUCAAUGCACUCCUCUGUCCCCUUUAUAUUGGUGCUAGGGUGGUGAUGCUACCAGGCUUCUCCCCAGCAGAGGUCUGGAGCCAUCUGCUGGCAUUAGAUGCUCCUGUGGAAGCUCGUGUGAGUCUGUUCAUGGCUGUGCCCACCAUGUAUGCAAAGCUGCUGGAGGAGUAUCAUGUAAGCCUAGCAAAGACUUCCCGCACCAAGGAGUAUGUGCGUUCAGUGUGCACCCAGAAUAUAAGGCUGAUGAUCAGUGGGUCUGCUGCCCUUCCCGAGUCCAUAUUGACAAAUUGGCAGGAGGUGACAGGCCACGUGUUGCUGGAACGCUAUGGCAUGACAGAGAUUGGAAUGGCUCUCUCUAAUCCUCUCAAGGGAACCCGCCGGCCAGGGUUUGUCGGGACACCGCUCCCUGGGGUAGAUGUGCGAAUCGCCAAAUUCGCCCCAGGCCAAGAGGACUACCAGGUGUUGUGUGAGGGGAGCAGUGCAGGCACCAAGGUCAUGCCUGAGUGUGAGAAUGAGUCUGGCGAGCUGUUGGUCCGUGGCCCUAAUGUCUUCAAGGAGUACUGGCGCAAACCAAAGGCUACUCUUGCUGAGUUUACCUAUGAUGGAUGGUUCAGAACAGGGGACACAGCAGUGUACCGAGAAGGAUCCUACAAGAUAAUGGGAAGAACCUCAGUGGACAUUAUUAAGAGCGGAGGCUUCAAGAUAUCUGCUCUGGAUGCGGAGAGGCAGCUCCUAACCCAUCCAGAUAUUAAGGAUGUAGCAGUAGUGGGUGUGCCUGACCUCACUUGGGGCCAAAAGGUGGCAGCAGUGGUGGUGUGGUGUGGUCAGGAGGAGCUGGACCCUGUAGCACUGAGGGAGUGGGGGAGAGAACGCAUGCCCCACUAUAUGGUGCCAUCUGAAGUGAUUCAAGUCGAGGAGAGCCUACCUCGCAACAACAUGGGCAAAGUCAACAAGAAACAGCUAGUUCAGCAAUAUUUUAAGGGCUCAUCUAGCUCCUCUUAAGUUCUCCCACUUCCAUUACUGUUGAUUCUUCUAUGAUACUACUACUACUUCUACUACUACUACUACUACUACAAGUACUUCUAAUGGCUUCAUCCCUCUCCUUCCCCUUGCAUUCAUUGUUAUGUCAAACCAAACAGAAAAAAAUGUGUCAAAUGUUGUGGCCUGUUGAAAGAAAUGAGAUAAGGUUGUUGUGUUCAAGUUUAAUCCUUAUAAUAUGGUACUGUUAAUGAAAUUUGCUAUUUGUGAGGCAAAGCUCAUCUUCUUGGUGCUUGGUGCAGAGUACAGCAAGAAGAGGAUUAUCUCACUGAAGUGCUAUGUAAUACAUGUGGCUGUGUUUAUAACUGAUUGUGAGGUAAAAAAAAAAUUGUUACAUUAUUAAAAACUCUGAAUACCAUUUCUGAAUUUGAGGAACAGUGUAGCAAGAAGGCAUUUGCUUGUUAGCACUAUCUGGUGGCUGUUUUUGUAAGUGAUGGGGUACUCUUAAAUUUUUAUAACAAUUUUUAUACAUGCUUAUAGCAUUAUAGCAGAAUAUAAUGAUACCCUAACUGGUCAUUACUAUGAAGCAUAAAUGUGCUGGUUUGUGUUUAUGUGAAUGGUCAUGGGACCUUAAAAGACUUUAGUGGUUGCAUUGGGUUUUGGAAUCUUACCAAACUGUUGAAAUGAUCAUUAAGUAUCAUGUUAUUUUAACCUCUUACAUAUAAAGAAAAAUACUCAGGAAAGUGCUCAGUUUCUUAGCAAUAUAAUUUUGGUUUGCUAUUGUUUGAAUAAUCAUUAUAUUAAGUAAACAGUUUCUACAAAAUAAUCAAAGCCAAUCAGCCUUUGUUGUUAAAUCAGUCAGCUAUCCUAGAAUAUAUAUAUAUAUAUAUAUAUAUAUAUAUAUAUAUAUAUAUAUAUAUAUAUAUAUAUAUAUAUAUAUAUAUAUAUAUAUAUAUAUAUAUAUAUAUAUAUAUACACACACACACACACACACGCACUCACACAGUAGGAUCUCGCUAAUACCAUAGAGCAAUUUGUGUCUGAAAAUGCAGUUAUUAACAAAAACAUUAUUUUCAUGACAUGUACAACUGUUUUAUUUUUGCUCUUACCUCAUUAUUUUCAUCCAUUUUUCCUCAUCUGAACCCUCCCGUCAGUAAUCAUUUGCUGAAAUAAAAAGAAACCAAUAAAUUGACAUGAGUAAUAAAAAAAAAAAAA